AGUUCUUUAUUUUUAUUUUAAAAUCCUGCUUUUGAAGGUAUGUAAUUUUGAUGAUUUUCCAAUGCAGUAGCGUCAGGCAUGGAUGAAGAUCAACACGCAAAUUCAGGUCCUUCUAACAAAUCACCAAAUCAAGUGCCCCAAAAGCAAAAAAAGAAGCCAAGAGGCCCUACAAAAGGAAUAAAAUCCAUGCCCGGGGUUCCAAGAAUAAUUGAAUGGGAUCACUUGGACCGACCCACAGGGAAAUGGGCAACGGAUUACAAGAAUCACAUUGGCGAGAUAAGUCGCGCAAAGGUUUCAAUAUUGAUCAGAACCUGGGAAGAUGUUUCACAAGGAAUAAAAGACACUUUGUGGGAAGACGUCAAGAGAGAAUUUCAUAUCACAGAUGAAACUAAGAAAGAAGUUGUCUUAAAGAGUUGUGAUAAGCGUUGGAGGGAAUUCAAAUCAAGAUUGACGACUGGUUGGAUCCGGGGUACAAGAAAAAGGCCAAAAGAUGAAAAGAUGCCAUAUGAUUUGUAUAGUUAUAUAACUAAGGAUAUAUGGAAGGAAUUUGUGAAGAUACGUACCUCCGAAGAAGCUGAGGAAAUAAGUGAGAAAGCAAGACAAAGUCAAUCUUUCAACAUAUAUCCUCAUCAUAUGGGACAGAAAUCAUAUGCUGAAAUGACAAGUGAAUGGCAGAGAAAAGGGUACAUUCCCUCAGUUUCUUCGUCAUCUGAAGGUUCCUCUGCGUCUACAAUUUCUUCAAGUUUGCCGAGUAGGACAUGUUUAUGGCUUCUUGCAAGAUCGGUACCAGAUGAGAAAGGAAAUCCUUACUUGCCGGAUGAGGGCACACAAAAGGUCAAAGAAAAUAUUGAUGAAUGGAAAAGGAAACAAGAUGAAGGGGAAUUUGUUCCCAAAAGUGCACGAGAUGAUGUCUUAUCUCGUGCACUUGGUAAGACUAAAGAAGGGAGACCACUAACAUUUGGUGGUGGAGUAGGCGUCAAAGCUGUGUGGGGGACCGGAGAGCGGCGUAGCUUUCGACGGUAUGGAGAUGCGGAGAUGGAGGAAAUGGAAGCAAGAGUGACCAAAAGGGUCAAAGAUGAGACAAUACAAGAGAUUAACUCCAAGAUGGAUGCCAUGGUUAUGGAGAAAUUUAUCACAUUUGCUAAAGAACUUGGUGUCCAAAUACCAAGCCAGAUGAGGAUAGACGCAAAUGUUCAUAGUAGUUGUCGUUCCGGGGGUUUAGAUCCAUUUGCCGACAUUACGGAACCUGUCCCGUGCCAUCUAUAACUGAACAUAGGCUCGGAGAAAGUCUUUGUUGCCUAUGGUACCAUAUGUCCAGAGUUGCUCCUUGAUCACCACAACGACGUCACGUCCGAUAACGUGAAAGUGAGCGUUGAUGAUUUUGAGCCCGCGUACAAAGAAGCUCCCGUCCCCGUGCCUUCUCAAUAUAUUAAGAAACUUGCUCAAGCUCAUGGUACCUUCACUCAGUGGCCAAAGCAUUUGGUGUCGCUUACGAAUGAGGAGGUAAACAAGCCUACAAGUAAAGAGCCUAAAGGGAAAGGGAACAAUGGGAAAGAGAUAGUGCUUAGGGGAAGUGGAACAAAAGCGUCCAACACUAAAUCAAAAACCUAUUUCCUUGAAAAUUAUAAAGUGCAAAAUUUGAGUGGUAAGUGCAAUGUGAUGAAAACUAUGAUGUUGGGAUUAAAAGAAGGGGAGCACGUUAAGGUACAUUGCACUAAAAGGACAUUCAAUAUGGAAAAGGACUUUGAAAUUAGUGUCACCGUUGAAGACACCGAUCAACUUCUCUCGGGAGCAUGGCUCAAUAUAUCAAUAAUACAAGUUUUUGUUACGGCUUUGAGUGAGUUGUGUUUUCACGAUGAUUGUCACCCCAAUAGUAUUGGAUUCAUGAGCCCGGAGAUGAUCUCGGCCACCAUGUUAAAGUCCGAUGCAGAUCGAAUUCUAUUGUACAUGACGAGGUACAUGAGUGCACUUAGUUCUAAGACAUUCAUCUUAUGUCCAU